AAGCGGAAGGUCAGAGCGCUCGGGAACGGAAGUGAGAGUGAGCCUAUCCGCCAUUGUGGAAUAGAGUAGGGAUAUUCUAAUCAGUCAUUAGUCAGUAACAGAGUACAUGUUUGAGAGUAAAGCAAGUAGUAGCUAGGUAUAAUACUCUGCCUUUCGUGACUGAAAUUGUAUCGCUGCUGUCCAGGACGUGCGUGGAAAACAUUUGGACGGGCAAGAAAAACACCGCCUAUAAAUACAGUCAGAUUGAAUAUCCCGAGACGAGAGAGGAAAAUAUCAGGGAGCAGUGGCUGUAAUAGACUGUGAACACCGCAACAAACAGGUUUUAGUUUGGGCUCCUGGAGGAUGUCUGCGACCACUGUCGAUCAGAGACCCAAAGGACAAGGAAAUAAAGUGCAAAACGGUUCAAUGCAUCAGAAGGAUGCUGUGAAUGAUGAUGACUUUGAGCCUUAUUUAAGCAACCAAACAAAUCAGAGUAACAGCUACCCACCAAUGUCCGAUCCUUACAUGCCAAGCUACUAUGCCCCAUCUAUCGGAUUCCCUUAUUCCCUCGGCGAGGCUGCCUGGUCAACAGCUGGGGACCCGCCGAUGCCGUACCUCACCACCUACGGACAGAUGAGCAAUGGUGAGCACCACUUUAUACCGGAUGGUGUGUUCAGCCAGCCGGGGGCCCUGGGCAACACCCCACCCUUCCUCAGUCAGCACGGCUUCAACUUCUUCCCGGGAAACGCGGACUUCUCCACCUGGGGCACCAGUGGCUCCCAGGGCCAGUCCACACAGAGCUCGGCCUACAACAGCAGCUAUGGUUACGCGCCCAGCUCCCUGGGCCGGGCCAUUGCAGACGGACAGGCGGGCUUCGGCAGCGACACGCAGCUUAGCAAGCUGCCGGGCCUGGGCAGCAUCGAGCCGGGCAUGGCGGGGCUCAAGCUGGGCUCGGACAUGGUGGCCGCCACCAAGACGGUGGGCUCGCCUCUGGUUGGCACCGGGGGCAUGAGCAGCAUGGCGGCUAGCAACAUGCCCUCUGUCAGCUCCUCAGCGCCCAAGCCCACUUCGUGGGCGGCUAUCGCCCGCAAACCUGCCAAGCCCCAGCCUAAAGUCAAGCCCAAAGCCAACAUCGGCAUGGGAGCCAACAUUGCCAUCCCCCCACCGCCCAUCAAGCAUAACAUGAACAUUGGCACCUGGGACGACAAAGGGUCCCUUGGCAAACCGCCCAUGGCGCAGCAGAUGUUGCCCCCGCCACCACACCAAACCCUGAUGCAGCAGCAGCUGCUAGCCCAGCCCCAGACCCUGCUGCAGAGCCCCAUGCCCCCCCAGCACCAGCACCAGCAUCAGCCCCAGCACCAACACCAACAUCAACAUCAACAUCAACACCAACACCAACACCAACACCAGCACCAGCAACUCCAGAUGCAGUCACCUCAACCACCUCAGCAAAUGCCCCCCGGCCCCCCACACCCUCAUUCUCACCCACACCCACACCAACACCCACACCAGCUCCCACACCCUCACCACCACCACCACCACCCCUCUCAGCCAGGACCCCCCCAGGCUUUGCACCAACCCCCCCAGCAGCAGCAGCAGCAGCAGCAUCAGCAGCAUCCGCAUCAGCCAAGUGCCCCCCCACAGAACCGCUGGGUGGCCCCCAGGAACCGGGGGAAUGCCUUUGGCCAGUGCGGCGGGAUGGAGAGCUUUGGCAUGGGCCCCGGGCUGCCCCUGGGCGGCUCGCCGGGCUCCUGCGAGGUCCACCCGGUGCUGGAGAAGCUCAAGGUGCUCAACAACUACAAUCCCAAAGACUUCGACUGGAACCUGAAGACGGGCCGCGUGUUCAUCAUAAAGAGCUACUCGGAGGACGACAUCCACCGCUCCAUCAAGUACAACAUCUGGUGCAGCACCGAGCACGGCAACAAGCGUCUGGACGCCGCGUUCCGCUCACUGGGCGGCAAGGGCCCGCUCUACCUGCUCUUCAGCGUCAACGGUAGUGGGCACUUCUGCGGCGUGGCCGAGAUGAAGUCGCCGGUGGACUACAACGCCUAUGCAGGCGUCUGGUCUCAGGACAAGUGGAAGGGCAAGUUUGAGGUGAAGUGGGCAUUCGUCAAGGAUGUGCCCAACAACCAGCUGCGGCACAUUCGCCUGGAGAACAACGAUAACAAGCCCGUCACCAACUCCAGGGACACGCAGGAGGUGCCCUUGGAGAAAGCCAAGCAAGUGCUUAAAAUUAUCACCACUUUCAAGCAUACCACCUCAAUCUUUGAUGACUUUGCACAUUAUGAGAAGAGGCAGGAGGAAGAAGAAGCCAUGAGAAGGGGCUGGUGCUCUAGCCUAGCAGACGGCUUUCCUGAUAUAGGCUCGCAUUCCUGGCAUUCCUCGCCACAGACAAAGCUGAGGAGCGGAAUAGAAAUAAACAGUAACUUCACCAAGAUGGCCCUGCUAGAAACUUGCAACACUAAUGACGUAGAACCUUAAAACUUUGCCUAACCACGAGGAAAACUAAACCGAAAGAGGCUUUCCAACGUCCUCUCUCUCUCUCCCCCGAAGACUCAUGUAUGAACAAACACUUUAACACUACGCUGGACUUCUCUGUGUGUGUGUGUGUGUAUGUGUGUGUGUGUGUGUGUGUGUGUGUGUGUGUGUGUGCGCGCUCUCGCUCGCGUGUGUGGCAAGGUCUUUGAUACGUCUGCUCCUCUGCACUUGAGAGUCACGACAGAACGAAAGAAGUCAGUCACUUCAACUGUAUCUUUAAGCACUUUGUCCUUUUUACGGCUUCUACCGGCACCCCUAAAAAUCUCCAUCACACGCCCCAUUUUGGUAUCUGAUGGCGAACUAUAGUGAACCAGUGUUGUUGGUUCUCUGUUAUUGUUCUUGUUUUGUUUUGUUUUGUUGUUGGUAUUCCUUUAAUCAACAAAAAAAAUGUUAGGGCUCUCAGAGAAGAUUGAAGGUAGUAUCAUGUACCACAUGCCAGAACACAAUAACAGAACAACAACAACAGAAAUUUGUACUUGAAUCUGUGUGGAGCUGUGUGUGCUUGGAACUGAACGAGCUGUGGACGCCCGUGUUGUUUGUAGGUUAAACAAAAAAGAAAAUCAUAUGCCUGUGUUGUAGAGAAACAAGAUGGCGGCUGAUCUGCCUCUAAUGUGGAACGGACUACGGCCUGUUUCACGUCAGAUGCAUUGUGUGUGCGAUGCAGCUGCAGAAUGUCUUGGUUUUCAUUGAUUUUCAUGAUCAGCUUGAGCCGUUGAAGAAGCACGUCUUAUGCAGGCAGUGUGAGUGCCCUAACAUGUUAGCAAGGACGGCUAGAGGAAAAGCAACACAUUCUGCAGAAGUAACGGGCGCACACAGCGCAUCGGAUGUGAAGCAGGCCUUAGCCCAGAUCUGACCCUAACGUGGCACCGACUAGAUCUGUCACUAAUGUGGCACGGUCUAGGCCCAGAUCUGUUACUAAAGGGGCAUGUUCUAGGCCCAGAUCUGUUACCAAUGUGGCACGUUCUAGGUCCAGAUCUUUCACUAAAUGGGCAUGUUCUAGGUCCAGAUCUGUCGCUAAUGUGGCACAUUCUAGGUCCAGAUCUGUCACUAAUGUGGUACGGACAAGCCCCAGAUCUGGCCCUGACCAUUGGCAUGGUUAGCAACCAUCAGUGACCACCCCUACCCGUCAGCCCUUUUUGUUUUCUGUGCACCAACAGAGCAUCACAAAUGAUUAUGCAGCCUGGUGGAGUCCACCAGUUAGUGCCCAACUCUUCUCCUGUAAUAACGCCAUUCAGAAGUGCUUUUUGUCUAAAAGAGAACCUUGCUCUUUGGGGACAGUGAGGACUGUCCUCUUUAGAGUGAUGUGUGACUGUCAGAGCUAGAUUUCUAGCUCAGGAGGGCUAUGUAUCACAGUUGGGCUUGGAAUAUGGUUAACUUAACUAGAAAAGGCCAACGGUAGCCCAAAUGCAGAGCCUUAUUAUGAACAGUGGCAGGUUUGUAUUAAAGUCUCACUGGCAAAAAUAAAGAUUAUGUUCAACCAUCCCAUUUUCAUUUUUGAUCACUGAAAACACAUGAUGUUAAAGUGUAUGAACAUUUCACAUAUUGCAGAGUUGUUUUUUGUUUGUUUUUGUUUUCAUUUACAAAAUCCAUUCUUGUUUUGGUAUUUCAUUAUUUAUAAAAAUCACACUGAAAUCCAUGCAAUAAUGAUAACGAUAAUACUAUUAAUAAUAAUAAUAAAGGAAUAAAAUUGUAACAACAAUGAAUGAACUGUGCACUAGUCUUAUGAUCAGUAAUUCAAAGCUGACUUGAGAGUUGCCCUUUAUUCUUACUUGUGGGGCUUGAUCCGCCAUGGCAAGGCUGAAAUUUCAUCCCUUCAUAAGACACGAUGCCCCUGAAACAUCUGUAAGUAAUAUACUGUAAUUGCAGUCCCUGGUAUUUCCUGUUUAUUGUCUCAGAACUGCCUUGUCCAGAGAUCUUUUUUUCUGGAGUGUCUUUCUCCUCUUUCAGCCACUAUGGGGUGGAUGUACAUGGCAGUGGUGAAGCUACUGUACUCUAAGUCCAAUCAGCCAAGAGUAAGAGCCACACGUUCCCCUUGCCCAGUGUCCUCAACCCACCCCACCUCUUCAAAGGCAGCAGUUGGGAAUCCAGAUGAAACUCCUGCAAAGCAAACUAAGCCACCUCUCUUCUCUCUCUUUCUCUUUCUGUGCAGUUUUUAGCCAUGGCCAUGUCUGUCUCUUUCUCUCUUUCUCUGUUGGACUGUCAAUCAAUGCUUUUCAAUUACGCUAAUGCUAGUGCAUUCUGAUGUGAUUACUGAAAAUCUGAAUAAAGAAAAUAUAGAUCUA